AUGGAAUCGAAAAUGAAUGUUCCAAUUUCAGAAAAUAAAACCGCUGAAAUUAGACAGCCAGAUUCAAAUGAAUCGAAGACUGAAAAAAUUAGUGCCCCUUUAACCACCUUGAGUAGUCAUUCUGAUCCCUAUCCGCAUUAUUUCAUGACUCUUGCCAGUAUAUAUGCUUAUCAAUAUUUGAGGCAACCUAGAACGGCAGCUGUGGCUGGUGUAAUAGCCGCUGUUUAUGCAAUUGGAGGAUAUAAUAUUCAAAACGAUAACGAAAAAACAGUGGCAUCAUUUGGGUUACUUGCUACCUCUGGACCACAAGCUAGAGCGACAAAAGAUGUUUAUCAUGUUGCAUUAGCAAGUUUGGGAGCUAUUAGUGCAGUUAGUAACUCAUUGAAAGUUUAUCAAUUACGAACUGGUAAACCAAAAGAUCUUGAUGUAAGAAGUAAAGCAACAAAUUAA